GAGACCAGUAAAGUCAUUCUCCUUGCAACUCCUACUCCAGAUAACGUGGCCCCUCUCACUUCCAGUAGCUAACGAGAUCACAGAAACACGAAAAAUUACACUUACUAUAGUACUCUAUUUGCAAUUUUGCAUGAUUACAUAAACUGAACAAACUAAAAAUCAGUUAGUUCAUGGCAAAAUUGCAUCUUUUGACUUGAUGAAACAUAAAUGGCGUUGCUUGCCACUCCCCUCUCUAACCCCAAAACCCACCACUUUUACUGUCACAAUCACCAUUUUCAUCAACUAAAACCUUCAAAUCUCUCCCAUUUUUCCAAAAUUUCCAAUACCCACUUAUCAAUUAAGCUCAAAAAUUCUGGCUUAAGAUGUUAUUCUCAAAAACAAAGCCAAUCUACCCAAAAACCCAUUGAAGAAGAAGAAGAUGAAACAAAUGGAAGUAAAAAGAUGGGUGUUCAAGAAUAUGAAUUUGAGAGGUUGUUUUCAAACCUUAAUCAAGCAACUUUGAAGCAUGAACCUGGUAGCCUUAGCAGUUCAAUUUUCCUAGUGGCAGGAACUACGAUAGGUGCGGGGAUUUUAGCAAUUCCGGCUGUGACACAAGAAUCUGGUUUUCUUGCCUCUGCUGUUGCGUGCAUUGGUUGUUGGGUAUUCAUGGUUGUGACUGGCUUGCUUAUAGCUGAAGUCAAUGUAAACACAAUGUGCGAGUUGGGUUCUGGCGGUGUCUCUUUGGUGUCAAUGGCAAAGAGAACCAUAGGAUCAGUAGGAGUCCAAGUUGCUUGCUGGUCAUACAUCUUUAUACAUUACGCUCUCCUUGUUGCCUACAUAGCUCGUUCUUCCGAUACUUUGACAAACUACCUUGGUAUUCCACAAUGGGAAAGUGGAACCUUGUUUACACUGGUUUUUGGAGCAUUAUGUUACUUCGGAAGCCAACGUUUUAUUGGUGCUGUUAGUGGACUUCUAGUUUUUGGGAUUGUUGCUUCAUUUACAGUUUUAGUGGUCGUUGCUAGUGGGAACCUACAUCUUGAUGCUCUUUUGAAAGCCAAUUUUGAAGCUGUGCCUUCAAGUAUACCCAUCAUAGCACUUGCAUUUGUCUACCAUAAUGUGGUACCUGUUCUUUGCACAAAUUUGGAGGGUGACCUGCCAAAAGUAAGGACUGCAGUUGUCAUAGGAACAGCUAUUCCUCUGCUUCUGUUUCUAGUUUGGAAUGGGGUAAUUCUUGGUACAUUAGAUUCAGAUGUUGGGAAGAUUCUUGACCCAUUACAACAGCUGAAAUCGAGUAACGGAGUUGUUGGUCCAAUAGUGGAAACCUUUUCGUUAUUUGCCAUCUCAACAUCAUACAUUGGAUUUGUUCUGGGACUUGCCGACUUCUUAGCUGAUUUGCUGAAACUCCCUGGGUCGCGAAGCAAAUUACUCCCAUAUCUAAUUACUUUGUUCCCACCAUUAGUACUGGCGUUGUUAGAUCCAGAAAUUUUUUUCAAGGCUUUGGAUUUUGCUGGAACAUAUGGUGUAUUGGUACUUUUCGGUAUUCUUCCUGCAGCGAUGUCUUGGUCGGAUCGGUACUUGACGUCGCCAGAGCUCCCAAAAGUACCCCAGGUGGUUCCGGGAGGAAAGCUUACUCUAUCCCUAGUAAUGGGUGGUGCUUCGUACAUUAUAUUAUCAGAAAUACUCAACACCUUCAAUCACAUAUGAAAGUACGGGGAGGGGAGUACCACCACGAAUUCCAGGCAUUGCCCACACUCGAAUUCUCAUCCCAACAAUAUGUUGGGGCAUUUACUUUUGGGCUGUUUAGCCUUGUAUCCAGCCUUUGAACUGGUGUGUCCUGUUUCCUGUAGGCUAGUAGCUUAGUAGGGGUUCGUAUUCAGACCAAUUAUUUUUCCUAAAAAAAAAUACAUGACAGUACAGGAGUUAUUACAAUAAGAAAGGAGGCAAAAACACGAAGACAAUUUGAGAAUUCAGACUACAAUGACAUGAGCUGUUAAUAAUUGAGAGGAAGCUUGCCUUGAAUGUUCAAUACUCUGUUUCGCAUGUUGUAGAAACUGUACAAAUUGUUCAAUUACAUCAAUUAACAAUUAUUUGAUAAUUUUCAUGAUA